AUGCCCAUCGCGUGCCGCGCCCCUGGCUUCAGCACGCUCAGGUUGCGUGAGGUUCUGACUGACCCCGACCUACAAGCACGCCUCGCGGCCGCUGACGAGGAGCUCGACGACGCCCUCGGCUUGGCCGGCAUCAACCCAGAUGCGCGCAUCGGCGCGCUUAUCAAGCACGCAUCUAAGCACCUGAUUGGGGGCCGCAGCUUUGCUGUUGUCAGCUCCUACCACAUCAGCCACCGCUCCGAACAGGGCCGGCUGAGCGACGCUGAAGACUACGUGGGCCUGGUGCUGUACGCGAAGGAUGGCAGGACAGAGUGGAGCCUGGGGGGUGUGAAGUGCAAGGCGGGCUACAUCUACUACAGGAAGACACGCGAUAUCCAGCACAUUGACAGCAACCACGGCCAGUCCCUGUUUGGCUGCGACCCUGAUGGCGUCAUUGCCAGCGGUUUCUCUAUCAGGAAGGGCAGCUGGAACUUCAAAUCAGGCACCUUCAACAGCUGGCAGGCUGGCAACGGCGUCAACAUGGACGAGGCGGAGCAGAAGUUUGUCCGGGCCGCCGUGAAGGCCUGGGAAACGAAAGGCAACAAUAUCAUGCGCAUCUGGCAGCCGGCGGCCAGAUACAUCCUUGGCCCCAACACGCUGCUGCUGCGCCAGGAGGAUGUCCGUGACCUCACCCAGCUGAUGGGGCGCAUGCUGAUCCACAGGGGCCAAGAAUCUCUGACCCCGGCGCACGUCGGCAGCAACCUGAUCCGCUUUACUGUCGAGUGGGAGCGCCCGGGCAAGCAGCACGCCCGCACGAUGGCCUUCAAGAAGCCGCCCCACUACCUGGUCUACCAGCUCGCGCUCGACAUGCAGGCCGCCACCGGCAUCCCCGCGCAGCGCCAGCUGUUCACACUGCUGGGCAGGCCGCUGCCGUGGCAGACGCUGCUGGGCAGCUGCGGGGUGGCCCUGCACGGUGGCGUGCUCGACAUGGAGGUGGCUGAUGAGGACGUGGUGGCGUGGCCGGCCUCGCUGGCGAGGGCUCAGGCCAAGAUGAAGCAGCUGGGCGCAGGGCUGGUGUAG